GGUUCCCCCAGCAGUGCAGGGGGUAAUGACUCCUGGGUUUCCCCGGCAGUGCAAGGGUUAAGCGGUCCCCCCUCCCAGUCCUCGGCCGGUGCUCGGGGGUCCGGCUCUGCCCCGCACUCCGGUCCCUCCGUCAUUUCCUGUGGAGGAAGAUGGAGCUCGGAGGUGGCAGGAGGAGCAGCGGCGGCGGCGGCGGGGAGAGGAGGAGGAGGCGGCGGCCCUGAGAGGGAACCCCCCGCACCCCGCGCCCGGACCCCCUGGGGCCCCACAAGAUCCCGCUCCGCCCGGGGAGGGCAGCAUGAGUGAAAUUAGCAAGGAAUGUCGGGUGGCCUUCAGCCUCGGCCUUGGGGAUAUCGUGCGGGUGAAGAGAGAAGUGGGAUCUCCAGUUGAGGAGCAGGGGCACGGCCAUUUCCGCUCCGUGGGGCCCAACUCUCGCUGCACGGACAUGGAUCCCAAGAGGCUGAAGGAGAAGAGAGAGAGCACCAUGUCUAAAAGUCUCCAGCAGGUGGAUUUUUGGUUCUGUGAGUCCUGCCAGGAAUACUUUGUGGACGAAUGCCCGAGUCACGGACCUGCCAUCUUGGUCCCGGAUACUUCCGUCCCCAUAGGAAUACCAGAGCGAGCGGCAUUGACUGUGCCCUGUGGGAUAGAAGUGGUGAAGGACAUGAGCGGGGAGAGUGAAGUGAGAUGUGUCAAUGAGCUCAUUCCCAAGGGCCACAUGUUUGGCCCCUACCAAGGGCAGAUCUGUUCCCAGGACAAAUCGUCAGGCUUCUUUUCAUGGUUGAUCGUGGAUAACAACAACAGAUACAAAUCAAUCGAUGGCACGGAUGAAGCCUAUGCAAACUGGAUGAGGUACGUAGUCAUUUCCAGAGAGGAGCGAGAGCAGAAUCUAAUGGCUUUCCAACACAGCGAGAAGAUCUACUUCCGUGCCUGCCGGGACAUCCAGCCUGGGGAGAAGCUGCGAGUGUGGUACAGCGAGGAUUAUAUGAAACGACUUCAUAGUAUGUCUCAGGAGACCAUUAACCGCAACCUCACCCAAGGAGAUAAGAGGUUGCUAAGGGAAAAUAAUGAGAGAAAUUUGGAAAACCAAGAGGAUGUGAAAGGCACUUUCCCAUUGGCUGCCUUAAAGCAGGGAAAGAGCCUGUACAAGAGGAGCUGUGAGGAGGUGGACUUGCAUCCUCACACGAAGAAGAAAAAAAUAGACCUCAUCUUCAAAGAUGUCCUUGAAGCUUCUUUGGAAUCUGCCAGGAUAGACGAAUAUCGUUUGGUUACCAGUAGCCCUGUUUCAGGGCAAAAAAAUACUAAGUAUCCUUUUGAGAACCAUGGAGAUAGGUGCAUAAUGAAUCAGCAGUGCUCUUCUCCUCAGAACCAAACGAGGAACACGAGGGACUGGAAAACAAAGCAUAUCUCUGCUUUGGGUUUGAACAGGCAAGGCAGCUUUCCAGAGGACGAGGGAGAAGACCACUCAUCGGUAAAGGCAGAAAGCCCGACGGAGUCUUCAGCGAUAGGUGGCGUAGAUGAAGUCCCGACCACUUCUUUCUGCCCCAACUGCAUACGGUUGAAGAAGAAAAUUAGAGAACUCCGGGCCGAGUUGGAAAUGCUGAGGUCCGGCAAGAUGGCCGAAACGAGCCAGAUGACCAAUCAGAUCAACGAGAUUCCAGAGUUUGCAGACGCUUCAGCCCCUGAAGCCAUGGCCAUUGCUACCACCAUGAUCGACGAAGAUGAACAAGAAGUGGAUUCGGCGGACGAAUCCGUGUCCAAUGAUAUGUUAGCAGCCACUGACGAGCCUUCGAAAAUGUCUGCUGGGAGCGGCAGAAGAAUUCGGCGUUUUAAGCAAGAAUGGCUCAAAAAGUUCUGGUUUUUGAGGUACUCCUCCACCUUAAAUGAGAUGUGGUGUCAUGUCUGCAGGCAGUACACCGUGCAGUCGUCGCGGACGUCUGCCUUUAUUAUUGGUUCCAAACAGUUCAAGAUUCAUACCAUCAAGCUCCACAGCCAAAGCAACCUCCAUAAAAAGUGCUUGCAACUCUACAAGCUCAGGAUGCAUCCAGAAAAGACGGAGGAAAUGUGCCGAAACAUGACUCUUCUUUUCAAUACGGCGUACCACUUGGCGAUGGAAGGCAGGCCUUAUUAUGACUUCCGACCUUUAGCAGAACUACUGAGAAAGUGUGAACUCAGAGUGGUUGACCAGUACAUGAACGAGGGCGAUUGUCAGAUCUUGAUCCACCACAUCGCCAGAGCACUUCGAGAAGACUUGGUAGAGCGUAUCAGACAAUCUCCUUUCCUCAGCAUUAUUUUGGAUGGACAGAGUGAAGACUUGCUGGCCGACACAGUGGCGGUUUAUGUCCAGUACACUAGUAGCGAUGGGCCACCUGCUACGGAGUUUCUCUCUCUUCAAGAGUUAGGUUUGCCCACGACAGAGAGUUAUCUUCAGGGAAUCGACAGGGCUUUCUCUGCAUUGGGAAUCAGGUUGCAAGAGGAGAGGCCAACCAUAGGCUUGGGAGUGGAUGGAGCCAACAUCACCGCAGGACUUAGAGCAAAUUUGUAUAUGACAAUCAGGAAAACUUUGCCUUGGCUACUAUGCUUGCCAUUAAUGGUACAUCGGCCCCAUUUAGAAAUAUUGGAUGCAAUUAGCGGUAAAGAACUCCCCUGCCUAGAAGAAUUAGAGAACAAUCUGAAGCAGUUGCUUAGUUUCUAUCGGUACUCUCCUCGACUGAUGUGUGAGCUGAGGCUUACCGCCGCUACCCUUUGUGAAGAAACUGAAUUCCUAGGUGACAUCCGAGCUGUGAAGUGGAUCAUCGGGGAGCAGAAUGUCCUCAACGCCUUGAUUAAGGACUAUCUAGAAGUGGUGGCACAUCUCAAAGAUGUCAGCGGCCAAACGCAAAGGGCGGAUACGUCGGCAAUUGCACUGGCCCUCCUGCAAUUUCUCAUGGAUUAUCAGUCAAUUAAGCUCAUCUACUUCCUGCUUGAUGUGAUCGCAGUCUUGUCGAGGCUAGCCUAUGUCUUCCAAGGUGAGUACCUCCUGGUUUCCCAAGUGGACGAAAAGGUGGAAGAGGCCAUACAAGAGAUUAGUCGGUUGACCGAUUCCCCCGGCGAAUACCUCCAGGAGUUUGAAGAAAACUUCCGGGAAAGCUUUAACGGCAUCGCCUUGAAAAAUUUACGAGUGGCCGAAGCCAAAUUUCAGUCGAUUCGGGAGAAGAUCUGCCAGAAGACCCAGGUUACGUUGGCUCAACGGUUCGAUUCCCGCAGUCGGAUGUUUGUAAAGGCGUGCCAGGUGUUCGAUCUGUCCGUGUGGCCCAGGACCACCGAAGAGCUCAUCAACUACGGCGAAGAAGAUAUGCUACAGAUUUAUGAACUUCUGGAUAGCAUUCCAAAUUUCCUCAACGACCUGGGUAGGGAAGGUGCUGACACGAGGGGCAACCUACUAAUGGAAUGGCGGGAGCUCAAGGCUGAUUACUGCACCAAAAGUGGCUUCAAGGAUCUCAUCGGCCACAUCUGCAAAUACAAGCAACGGUUUCUGUUUCUCAAUAAGAUCGUCCAGAUUCUGAAGGUCCUUCCCACUUCAACCGCCUGCUGCGAGAAAGGCCGCAACGCCCUGCAGCGGUUACGGAAAAACAACCGCUCCAGGCUGACACUGGAUCAAACGAGCGAUCUGCUCACCAUAGCAGUGAACGGUGCCCCCAUCACCAAUUUCGACGCCAAGAGAGCUCUGGACAGUUGGUUCGAGGAGAAAUCGGGAAACAGCUACUCCUUGUCGGCGGAAAUGCUAAGCAAGAUGUCUUCGCUCGACCACAAGCCGGUACUUCAAUCCAUGGAGCACGGCACGGAGUAUUACCAAGACAUUUGAGGUGCUACAGCCCUGGAACUGUAGGAUAUUUUUUUUUUCUAUCUAUACUCUAAGUUUUUGGUAUAUUAUAAAAAAAAAGAAAUAUAUA